CGUACGCGACGGAGCGGGGUGCGAAGAUGGCGGACGAGGAGGCCGAGCAGGAGAGCGGCAGCCCCGGUGGCGACCUGCUGGAGCUGCGGCGCCUGCGGGAGCGGCUGCUGGAGCUGGAGACGGGGCUGCGGGAGAGCGCCGAGCCCGCCGUGCAAGCGGCCACGGAGUACUGCAAGCAGCUCUGCCAGACUUUGCUGGAGUACGCAGAAAAGUGGAAAACAUCAGAAGAUCCUCUGCCCCUGUUGGAGGUGUAUACGGUGGCUAUCCGAAGUUAUGUUAAAGCACGACCUUAUCUUACCUCUGAGUGUGAAAAUGUAGCCUUUGUGCUUGAACGUUUAGCGCUAAGCUGUAUUGAACUUCUGCUGUGUCUGCCCCUUGAUUUACCUGAAAGUAAAUGGGAAGAAUUUCAGGCUUUUGUACAGGUGGCUCAUAAAAACUUGAUGGAAAAUGGCAGCCCGGAACUGCAUAUUUUAACUACACUUACUCAAGAGAAGGGAGUGUGGAAGAACCCAGUAUUGUGCGGUAUUCUUUCCCAGGAACAGCUGGAUCCAGAUAAAGUGAAUGAAUUUUUAGUGUUUGAAGGCCCUGUCCUGCUGGAUAUGCGUAUUAAACACCUCAUGAAAACAAAGCAAUUAACACAAGCUACUGCCCUGGCAAAACUCUGCUCUGACCAUCCAGAAAUCAGUGCAAAAGGCAAUUUCAAGCAAACCUACCUGGUCUGUCUUUGUUCAGGAUCGCCAAAUGAAAAGCUAAUGGAGGAAAUUGCAGAAGUAGAUUGCAAAGAUGCUCUAGAAAUGAUCUGUAACCUAGAAUCUGAUGGAGAUGAGAAAAGUGCUCUAAUUUUAUGUGCAGCUUUUUUAUCUCGCCAACUUCAGCAAGGAGAGAUGUACUGUGCCUGGGAACUGACUCUUUUCUGGAGUAAGCUGCAGCAAAGGGUAGAGCCUUCUAUUCAAGUGUAUCUAGAGAGAUGCCGUCAACUUUCUGUGUUAACUAAGACUGUUUAUCACAUUUUCUUCCUGAUCAAAGUAAUUAAUUCAGAGAUUGAUGGUGCUGGACUUGCAACCUGCAUUGAACUGUGUGUGAAAGCCUUGCGCUUGGAAUCCAGUGAAAAUACAGAUGUAAAGAUAUCUAUUUGCAAGACUAUCUCCUGUUUGCUUCCAGAUGAUUUGGAGGUUAAACGUGCUUGUCAGUUGAGUGAAUUUCUUCUUGAACCCACUGUGGAUGCAUACUAUGCUGUUGAAAUGCUCUAUAAUCAGCCUGAUCAGAAGUACGAUGAAGAGAAUCUUCCAAUACCAAAUUCAUUGCGCUGUGAGCUCUUACUUGUACUGAAAACUCAGUGGCCUUUUGAUCCAGAAUUCUGGGACUGGAAAACUCUAAAGCGUCAGUGUCUGGCAUUGAUGGGAGAGGAAGCAUCCAUUGUGUCAUCAAUAGACGAACUCAAUGAUAGUGAAGUUUAUGAGAAGGUUGAGGAUUGCCAAGAAGAGAAUAAAGAAACUUCUAUGAAUGGGUUUGCUGGCAGUUUUGAUGAAGCUACGAGCCUUCUUAAAGGUAUCAGAGAUGAAAAGCAGAAAAAGAGAGAAAUCAAAAAACUCAGAGAGAGAGGAUUCAUAUCAGCUAGAUUUAGGAACUGGCAAGCUUAUAUGCAGUAUUGUGUGUUAUGCGAUAAAGAAUUCCUAGGUCAUAGAAUAGUUAGGCAUGCUCAAAAACAUUAUCAAGAUGGAAUUUACAGUUGCCCUAUUUGUGCCCAGAAUUUUAAUUCUAAAGAAAACUUUGUUCCCCAUGUAACUUUGCAUGUUAAAAAAUCCAGCAAAGAGAGACUGGCUGCUAUGAAACCGCUGAGACGAUUGGGAAGACCUCCUAAAAUAGCAACUACCAACGAGAAUCAGAAAACCAAUUCUGUAUCCAAACAGGAGCAGCGACCUAUUAAGAAGAACAGUCUCUAUUCAACAGACUUCAUUGUAUUUAAUGAUAACGAUGGCUCUGAUGAUGAAAAUGAUGAGAAAGAUAAACCAUAUGUACCAGAGAUAGUGCCAGUUCAAAAGCCACUACCUGUUAAUGAGUUCACUUGCCCUGUAACAUUUUGUAAAAAAGGCUUUAAGUAUUUUAAAAACCUAAUAGCACAUGCAAAGGGGCAUAAGGAUAAUGAAGAAGCUAAGCGUUUUCUAGAAAUGCAAAGCAAAAAAGUGAUUUGUCAGUACUGUAGACGACAUUUUGUAAGUGUUACUCACCUGAACGAUCAUCUACAAAUGCACUGUGGCAGCAAGCCUUAUAUCUGCAUACAGAUGAAAUGUAAGGCUGGUUUUAACAGUUACGCUGAGCUGCUAACUCACAGGAAGGAACAUCAAGUCUUCAGAGCAAAGUGCAUGUUUCCUAAAUGUGGGAGAGUGUUUUCUGAAGCCUAUUUACUGUAUGAUCAUGAAGCACAACACUAUAAUACCUAUACCUGCAAAUUCACAGGCUGUGGAAAAGUGUAUCGUUCUCAGAAUGAACUGGAAAAGCAUACUGAAGAACACAACAAGCAGCCUGAAGAAGUGCAACAGCCUGAAGGCCAGACUAAUCAGUCUGAUCUUAGUCAACCUUCUAAAGUUAAUGAAAGUACUGAUGGAGUUGCUGUUAAAGAGGAAUCGGCAUCUGCUCCAGCUGACAGCCAGAGUAGUUUUACUGAAGGAGAAAACUACGUCUGGAAUGAAAUCAAAGCAGAACCGGUAGGGAAUGAAAGUGUAAAUACAUCCCCAAGUAUACUGCAGCAAAGUGAUUCCUUGUCUAAUGCUGCUCCGGAAGAGGCUGCUGCAGGUUCAGUGAAGACAGAAGUAGCGAUUCCAGUGAGCAGUGUUAAGGUGCUUGCGGUUAAUGAGAAGAUCCGAGAUAACUUUGUAAGAAGAGGUAAAUUGGCUGCUACUACCAGUAAAGUAGAUACUACUAAAUCUGCAGCCCAGCAAUUGUGCUCAACAGUAGAUUCUUGUCUUCCAGUUUUCCAAGAAAGAAAGGAUGAGAAUUGUCUCAGUCAGUCUCAGAAUAUUCAAAAUAUUUCUGUGAGUUCAAACACACUAAAACCAGAAGCCCUUGAAUCAAAAAGCUUAGAAGGGCAAGUAAACAUUGUAAAUACACUUAGCGUGCAGAAUCAGGCAGGAUACCGAAACAGUGUUCCCAUUUCCAAACUUGAAAUUGAAGACAGUAUUAAAGCUGCAGCAAAUCUAUAUAACCUACCUUUAAAAACUUUAGAAAGUAUUACAUUUAUUCCAUCACAGCCUAGCAUAAAUAAUUCUUUAGUUCCAUCUGUGACACCAGCAGCCCCAGUUCAGAAAUUUAGUUGUCAGGUUGAGGGGUGUACUCGAACAUAUAACUCAUCACAGAGCAUUGGCAAACAUAUGAAGGCAGCGCACCCUGAUCAGUAUGCUACUUUUAAAAUGCAACGUAAGAAUAAGAAACCACGAAAAUCCAGCAAUUUACAAAACGUGGCAAACGAUGGAAAAAUCGUCUGUCUGAUGCCAUCGCAGGUGGGCAAUCCCAAUGGUGCUGCUUUUACUGCGCAGAACAAAACUAAUUUGAAUCCCACCUGUUCCACUCAAGCACAACACCUUUCAAGUACGCUUUUCCCAACUCACUUAGAAAAUUUGACUAAUCCUAUGUUGCCUGUAGUGGAAAGUGUCGUAAAUCCAAGUUUGUCUACUCGUAUUAAAAGUGAGCCUGAAAGUGUUUUAUGUUCACAAAUGGAAAAUCUGUCUGGUGUAACCUUGCCUUCCCAGUUGGAAGAUCUGGCAAAAAGAGUUAUGCCUCUGAAUAUUGAUGGUGGUUCAGAUCCUUUUCUUCCUUUGCCUGCAGAGAAUGGUCCAAUGUCUCUUUUUCCUUCGCCGUCAGAGAAUGCCCCAAGUUCAGUCUUCUCACAACUGGAAAACAGCACAAACAACUUUUCGUCACAACUAGAAGGAAACAGCAGUUCCACUUUCCCAAAAGAGGAAACUAUUGAUCAGUUGUUUCCUUCACGAGUGAAUAAUGAAAAUAACUUCAAUGAAACUGGUUCUCAACAUCCAACUUCAGAAAAGGUGAAAAAGGACCGUGGCCGGGGUCCAAAUGGGAAAGAAAGGAAGCCAAAACAUAACAAGCGGGCAAAAUGGCCAGCAAUAAUUAGAGAUGGUAAAUUUAUCUGUAGCAGGUGUUUCAGAGUUUUUACUAAUCCUCGAUCACUUGGUGGUCACUUAUCUAAGAGGUCGUAUUGUAAGCCUCUUGAAGGAUCAGAAAUUUCUGCAGAAGCUCUGCAAGCUAAUGGUCAGUCUUUACUUGCCAGUAUGAUUCUUUCCUCAAAUUCAUUAAGCUUGCAGCAACCCCAGGAGUCUACCUUCAAUCCAGAAUUGUGUUUUAAAGAUCCAGCGUUCCUGCAGUUGCUUGCAUCUGAAAAUCGUUCUGCGGCCUUACUGCAGACCAUGUUCCCACGGGCCAGUGUGCCUAACUUUAAUACCAGUGGAAAUGAGGAAGGAAAUCAAAUUAUAAAACAAGCUUUGGAAACUGCAGGCAUCUCACGUACCUUUGAUAACACAGAAGUACUUCCACAUGUAGUUACAACAAGUUGCGUCACUGGUACAACUCAAAUAAAUGCAGCUGUUCUCCCCAAUUCAACCAUGUCACCUCUGUUGCAGACGGUCUGCAACCCAAGUACUCUGCUAACAGACCAAAACAGGACCCUCAAUACCAAAAUUCCUUCUGUAAAUGAGUGCAAGAGUUUGCCUGUUUUUGCAACAGAUGACUUAAUGCUAAAGACAAUUGAAAAUGGCCUGGGCUCUAGCUCAUUUUCUAAUGCUGUUGCAGCAGCACAAACCUUUGCAGGGAACACUUCACGAGUUUCAGUUAUAAAUACUCCCAAUAAUUCAGUAUCAAAUAACUCAAAUAAGAAGGGAACCAGUGCUUCAAAGAGGAAGAGAAAAGCAACUACACCCUUACUUGCACCUAACAUAGCACAGAAAGUAGCAGUAAAUAAUAUAACAACAGUGGGACUUCUAGCCAAAAGCACUGAAGGAAACAUGCAAACACAGGGAGAUAAUUUUCAGUCCAACUUGCUAACAAAUUGUGAUUCUCAAGCAGUGGCAGAAAAUCUCACACAGAAACUCAAUAAUGCUGACAAUCAGUUAUUCAUGGCCAGUAUCAAAGAGAACUUCAAAACAAACCUUGAGACUCGUACAACGUUAACAGUGAAAGCUGAGAAUGGGGAUUCCCAAAUGAUGGCUACAAAUUCUUGUGUGCAGAUCAAUUCGGAGGAGCAGAUUUCAGAAGACAAUGUUAUUCAGAACUUUGAAAAAACCCUUGAAAUAAUUAAAAGUGCCAUGAAUUCACAGAUACUUGAGGUGAAAACUGAAGUUCAGGAUGCUGGCACUGCUUCGGGACAGAACUUGCAAGUAAAUAACACACAAACUUCUUCAGGAAAUUGUUCAAAUAGUGUGCUGUUACCUGCUCACACACAGUUUGCAGUGUGUGCAGGGAAUGUCACUGCUGCAAAGACUAACUCUACUCAGUCUGAAACAUCUCAAAAAGUUGAUAAUCAAAUACUGGAAAUUUUGGAGGGCUUGCAAAAACUGAAACUAGAAAAUGAUUCAUCCAUUCAGGUCUCUGAGAGUGUUUCCCAGUGUCCUCCAGCAGAUUCUUUAGCACCAGCAGUUCCUGUUGUACCAACUGAAAACAAACCACUCGUCCAGAUGUCUUCAGAAACGAUUAUUCACUUUAGUGACAAAGUUAAUAAGCCUUUUGUGUGUCAGAAUCAAGGUUGCAACUAUAGUGCGAUGACAAAAGAUGCGUUGUUUAAACACUAUGGCAAGGUUCAUCAGUAUACUGCAGAAAUGAUACUGGAAAUCAAGAAACAUCAACUGAAGUACGCCCCAUUCAAGUGUGUUGUUGCUAGUUGUCCAAAGACAUUUACACGAAACUCUAAUCUCCGAGCACACUGCCAGCUUGUACAUCACUUUACAACAGAGGAGAUGGUAAAAUUAAAAAUUAAAAGGCCUUAUGGCAGAAGAUCUCAAAACGAAAUUGUAAAUGCAGCCUCGCAACCUGUUGAAAUAAAUUUGCAGACACUAAUAACAGAAAACAAAACUGCAGCUCUGUUGGACAAAGAAGGUCAGAUAAAGGAAGCUCUAGAGCCUGUAAAUGUCUUGGAAAAGUUACUACCAGAGAAAAAUAUUCCUGAAAGACUGGAAACACCUCCCCAGGUGGUUUCCAUUCCAUUGGAGCAGCAUAACGCAGCCACUUUCGAUAAUGAACAGGCAAAAGUACGCAAAGUUAGGAGGCACAGGAAGGAAAAAGAGGAGAGAAAACGUCGGAAGCCCGUAACAAAACCUCUGGAGUUUCCUACUAGAUACAGUCCUUACAGACCGUAUCGGUGUGUCCACCAGGGCUGCUUCGCGGCGUUUACAAUUCAGCAAAAUCUAAUUCUUCAUUAUCAGGCUGUGCACAAAUCAGACCUUCCUGCCUUCUCUGCUGAAGUGGAGGAGGAGAAUGAGCCAGGUAAGGAGGAACGUGAUGAGACUGAAACCAAACCCACCAUCAGAGAAUUCAGGUGUGAGAUGAGUGACUGCUCCCGAAUAUUCCAGGAGGUUCCUAGCUUAAUACAGCAUUACGUGAAGCUUCAUAACAUGACCCCUGAGCAAAUCAGAAACAUGAAACCAGCUCAAGAGGCAGGAAGAUUUUCGUGUGAUCAGUCUCAGUGUAAGUCUUCGUUUACAGUGUAUUUCAACUACGUUACGCAUCUUGAGACAGAUCACGGUGUUAAGAUAAGGCCAAACAAGGUAGAAGACGAUGGUGUAUUCAAGUGUGACUGUGAGGGCUGUGACCGUAUUUAUGCUACUAGAUCUAACCUCCUAAGGCAUAUUUUUAAUAAACAUAAUGACAGGCAUAAAGAUCAUCUAAUCAGACCCAGAAGGCUGACGCCGGGUCAGGAAAACAUUUCAAGUAAAGCAAACCAGGAGAAACCAGUGAAGUCCAAACAGAGAGGACUGAAAAACAAAUCGGGAAAAGAAAGUAGCAGGCUCUCAGAGAAAGCAAAACGAAAGAAAAACGUUAACUUGGAAAACAAAAAUUCAAAAGCAAUGCAAAUUCAGGAAAAUAAGGCUUAUUCACUGAAACGUGGAAAGCAUGUGUUUUCUAUAAAGGCUAGAAAUGAGGCAUUAUCUGAGUGUACAAGCAGAUUUGUAACUCAGUAUCCAUGUAUGAUAAAAGGAUGUUCUUCUGUAGUUACAAGCGAAAGUAAUAUCAUAAGACAUUAUAAAUGUCACAAGUUGUCCAAGGCCUUUACUUCGCAGCACAGAAAUCUUCUCAUUGUAUCUAAAAAGCACUCUGUGUCAGAAGUAAAGGAAACACCUUGUGAGCAAGAGGAAACUGACAAAAAAAUUGAGGCGGAAGGGGCAGAACCAAGUUCGUUAGCAAGCAAUAAUGAUUCAAGCACAUCGCCAUCACCACAAAAAGAAACUGAGAAAGGUGAGAAGGAUGAAGUGGAUGAACUGACAGAACUCUUCAUUACUAAACUGAUUAACGAGGAUUGUUCAAGUGCUGAAAAUCAAGCAAAAAUAUCUUCCAGUGUAAAUAGUGACUCGCAGGAGACCAGCUCCUGCCCCUCAGAGAAGCAAAAAUCAAACAACUUAAAAAGAGCAAGCAAAGAAAAAAAUGUAUCUCAGAAUAAGAGAAGAAGAACUGAAAAAACAGAGGAGGUGCUGCCUGCUGAAGUGAGUAACCUGCACCGGGAGGAAGAGACUGCUGUCGCUAUUCAGACAGCUGAAGAGCAACCUGCAGCUUUUGACUGGAGUUCAUUUAAGCCUAUGGGUUUUGAAGUUUCAUUCCUCAAGUUCCUCGAAGAGUCUGCUGUGAAGCAAAAGAAAAACACUGAAAGAGACCACCAUAGCAGCGGAACCAAAAAAGGAUCUCAUUCAAACACACGAAAAUCCAACGAGAAGACCUCCUUAGCAACAAGUAAUAGUGUCAGUUGGUCAUCUUCUGGAACUGAAACCUUUGUACAGUUUGCCAAUCCAUCACAGCUUCAGUGUUGUGAUAAUGUAAAGAUAGUUUUAGACAAGACGUUUAAAGACUGCACUGAGCGUGCAUUGAAGCAACUUCAGGAAAUGAGACCUACUGUCAGUUUGAGAAGACUUGAUGAACACUGGGAAAACGAUCCAGAAGUUAAAGCUGCAAAAGAAAGAAAGGGUAAUGAAAAGGGCAAUCAAAACUGAAACCCUAAUGUGUGUAACCAUUACCUGUAAUAAAGUUUAUUUUGAAUAGGAAGCCAUCACGCAUGCUAGUAACUGUUGAGCUCUUUUAUUUUGAGGUGAUUUAAUCUAGAGAAAAACAUGACAUUUGUCAUGUAAAUUUUCAUUUGUUUUUAUCCCUAUGGGACUUGAAGAACAGAAUAAUUGCUUCAGCUUUGUAAAUACUUGAUCAAAACCUCAACUUUCUAUCAAAUUGUCCUUUCCAUGAACUUAAUCUUUGUGAAUUGUCUGUGAUUGGUAUCUUUCACCAGGUCACUGCUCAUGUACAACAGUACUCUUUAUUUGUAGAUACAUUUUUUUUUGUAUAUAUUUAUUAUUGUAAAUCAUUUGCUGCCACCAGCAGUCUGUAAGUCUAAACUAUUAAAUGACACAUUUAUAUUCAGAAUUUUAAUUUGUAACUAGGUGAUCAAGUUUUUAAAACUGUCCUUUAAUCAUUUUAAAUUAAGACCUUUUGAACUAAAACUAGCUAAGUCUCCCAUAUCCAGUUUAUUUUGCAUAAAGCAUUUAUUUACAGGAGAGGAGCUGGAUAAGAUCACACUUCAUAGGUCCAACAUACUGACACACUCAUUUUUGUAAAUUUUAACAUGCAGUAUCUAUCUAUGGAUGAUACUCAUAUGUAGUUAACUCAUAAAUAUAAUAGUUUUCUUAUAGCUACAUUUUUCAUUGCUUUUAAUUGGAUACAAAGCAUUUAUGAUUCCAUAAUUAAAAAAUGGAAAUGUGAAUAAAAUAGUUUGCUACAUCGGAGAUUUAAAACAAUAUUUGGUAUUAAAGAAUCCAUUGUGAAUGUGAUAGAAAAUUAGUAGUGUGGAGCAGUGUAUAUAUUUGAGGUGGUGAUUUGUGAAGUAGCCCAGUAUUGCCUUAAAUAAAAUCACAUUUCAUUUCUUGUUUUAUACAUGUGAUCUUAUAAAGGUUAUUUUUGUUUCUGUAACUUAGAUUGGUGUAUAGUUUAAUUUUUGUUAAAAAAUCAAAAAAUCCAAAAACAAACCUUCAGAAACCGUUUCUGUAAAUAGUGGGUUUAUAAAACAGAUGGUUUAUUUUGAUAAUACCAGUUUGGUAUCUAUCUAUAAAACGCGUGAGUCCUUAUGCCAUACCGUUAAAAACUGAAUAAACAAAGGCACUUUCUGAAAGGGAAGUGAGAUGUGAUCUUGCAGAUACACUCAGUGGUUGUGCUCUGUUGAUGGCACGGGCUCUCCCUGCACUCCUUUGCCCCUUGCUGACGUUGUUUGGCACCACUUGUGCCACCUCUCUGUUUUCCACACUGGAAGGAGCCCCCGGAGCAGUGCCAUGUGUAGCACUUGGGUUCGGGGUGCUUUCUGUAUAUGCUGCUAACUGACACGGCAGGUGUCCGGUUUGUUGAGUAACCAAAAGAGCAAAUGUGAUAGUGGGAGCUGUCGGUAUCCAGGAAUCUGUGGUAUUGUUGUUGGUAUGUGAUUGUGCGCGGCUCAGAUGGGACAAGCCAGCUGGAUUGUGCGGUACCAAAAAUUUCUCUUGGAUUAUUCUCAUACUGGAUGUGACCUACCUUCAGUAAUAUAAAAUAGUCUUUAUCUUGG